AUGGAAGGGCGAGGCACAGCACAGGAGGGGCAUGCUGAAGAAAAGAGUAAAGAUAGAGCGCCGCCUGUGGACCAGGCGGCAGCUCUCGCAAGAGUGCUCAAGAUGCUGAUAGACAGCCGUUUUGGUCAAAUCGAUGCUCGUCAAAAUGGGAGCAGCUGCUUUGGAAGCGCUUCAAAGUCUCCUCCUUUGCCAGCAGAUGUCCCUCACACAGCACCGCGAGGUCAAGGACCGGCCACAAUUGGUCGUGCAACAUCUGAACUUGGUGGAGGACUCACACUAAAUGAGCUUGGUGACAGUGGAUUUGGAGCAAAAAAUGUCUUAAAGGGUCGGGGAGAGAACACGCCUAUUGGAAGACACUCGGUCUAUAAAUCUCCAAACAUGGCACCAUCGGGAACGAACAAGAUUCCCAAGCUUGUGAUAGAUAAUUUACGGGAGAAGAGCAGUGCACAAGCCUCGAAACAGGAUUCAAGCAGUGAGGGUACACAUUCCUCGAGGCGAUCGAGAUGGACGAGAUUCAGAUUCAGUUUGCGUGGAGAGAACGCCUCAAAGUAG